AUGCCUACCAUUGAUGUAAGCCAACUGAACAUUAUCGCAACUAUACUGGGCACAUUUACCAUUGUAUACGGGCUGAUAGCCGUCAAGAUCAAGAACACAUGGUAUCUAGUGCCGGCGGUUGUUGUGGGGAUCGUUCUCGGCCCAAUCUCAGCCAAACUCCUUGACGCAGAGCGAUGGAUAGACGUGGGCUCCCCAGUCAAGGACGAUGUCACGCUUGGGGUCAUGCGAGUAAUGAUUGCAAUACAGCUGGUCAUAGCCGGAUACCAACUUCCUGGAAGAUACCUCCAGCUUCGUGCCAAGGAGAUGGCAGUCUGCCUGUUUCCAGUGAUGACGCUGAUGUGGCUGGCAACAGCGGGAUGCGUCCUUCUGAUGAUUCCCAAGCUGACUUUCAUUUCGGCCCUUAUCGUCGCUGCAUGUGUCACAUCAACGGACCCGGUGCUUUCUCAAGCAGUUGCGAAAGGCCCAUUUGCCGAUAAAUAUAUAGCGCGACCGCUUCGAGAAAUUAUUUCCGCCGAGGCAGGCGCCAACGAUGGUUUUGCGUCUCCGUUUCUGAUGUUAGGAGUCAGCCUUACUCUGCAGUCUUCUUCAGAUCAUGGCUCAGCACUCACAUCUGAAGACGCUGGGCUUGCUUUAAAGUAUUGGCUGGUUGAAGCGUUGCUCUAUAUUGUGCUCGUUGCCAUCAUAUAUGGGACUUUCAUUGGGUUCUGUGCUAGAAAGGCAGUGGAGUACUCCCUCGCCAGAAGAUGGAUUGACACUGAGAGCUACCUGUUGUUCCCGACUGCGUUGGGUCUAUUCAUUGUGGGAACAUGUGGUGUCAUCGGAACCAGUGACCUGCUUGCAUGUUUUGCUGCUGGUUGCGUUUUAAACUGGGACAAUCAAUUCCUCGCGGAAACGAAGCGCCGUCACGAUGAAGUCAACUCAUGCAUCGAUGUUCUGCUCAACUAUGGCGGCUUUAUGUACAUUGGCAUCACUAUACCCUGGGAGUUGUUCCACCAACCUGACAUAACGGGAAUUACAUUGGCCAAGUUGAUUGGCCUCGGGUUUCUUGUUCUCAUCCUCAGAAGAGUUCCAGCACUUCUCGUCUGCUAUAGGAUGAUGCCAGCGGCUGUAAAGAAUUGGAAAGAGGCAAUAUUCAUGGGCUAUUUUGGGCCAAUAGGGGUUGGAGCUAUUUACUACCUUGAGCACACUCGGCACCUUUUCCUUGCCGAAGACUAUCUGAACUCCGGAGAGAAGGACUUGCUCGCAGCACUUACACCAGUUGUCUAUUUUCUUGCUUUGUUCUCCAUUGCAGUUCAUGGAGUCUCGAUCCCUGCCCUGAAUGCAAUUUUUGCCCUCUACGGCGUUCAGCCGGUAACGUACGACGCCGAAGAGAUUAGGCGAAGGAGUAUCUACAUUCCGACCCCCACAAAUGCAGUGCGCGCAGAUGAAGAUAUGUUCAUAGCGUUCAACCGAUUCUCAAGACCCAACUAUGGCACCAAGAUACUUGCACAGUUCCACCAAGACAGCGAUCUCAGGAGGGUGGGCACUCUUCUUGACCCGCCGAGACACAAAGUGAGACGCCAUGCGACCUUUGAACUCGACCAUAUCGGGCCAAAGAAUGAAACGCACAUAUGA